GCCAUAUAUGCACCAAACCUAUAACCCAGAUAACAGAUAUUUAAAAGACGACUUAAAAACACUUGACUUUUCUGUGCUGUCUGCACGGGCUGUAACCGAGAGUUACAUUUGUACUAUCUACGUCUGAAAGCACAUCUCACACCGUAAUUUUUACAUUUACUUUUUGAUGCGGGAUAUAUAACACUGAAAUCAACCGAGAACGUUGUAAAAAAUUACUAUGGGAUAGUUGCUCUCAGACUUCUCCUUGAUGUAAACAUUAGGACACAUUAGAAUGACAGUUUUUCAAAUAUUAAGUACCAUGGAGGAAAAAGGCAAACCAAUCGUGGUAUUUCAUCCAAUUAUUUCCUCCAUACAGAAAAUUGCUCUUUACGAGACAAAGUCCCGGUUUUAUUUAAUGGGAUCAAACAACACACUGACACGUUUUCGAGUUUUGAAAAUUGACAGAAUGGAACCGAGAGAAUUGGUUGUAGUGGAUGACAAAAGAGAAUACACUCAGGAGGAAAUUAAAGAUUUGGUCAACAUGAUAGAUAUGGGCAACAGAACACGAGCAGGACAGCGCAAUAAUGUGGGUGGUGUUGCUCGUGUUGUAUCUGCUUUUGGAAUUGUUGGCAAAAGUAGUAAAGAACCUGCACAUAAUUCGGGUGUAUCAGAGGAGCCUGAGCAGCAAGAAUUACAAAAGCCACUGCAUAAACCAACACAAACUAAAUUCACCUGGAAGAACAUGUGGCAAAGAGAUACUUUUCCCAGACUAGUGCCGGCUUUUGCUCUUCUUGGUUUUAUACGUUUUUUGGAAGGAUAUUACAUAAUCCUUGUAACAAAACGUCGCCGAGUUGCAGUUAUCGGUCAUCAUACAAUAUACAAAAUAGAAGACACAUCAAUGAUAUACAUACCAAAUGACAUGAUACGAAUCUUCCAUCCUGAUGAACAGAGAUAUGUAAAGAUGUUCCAGAGUAUUGAUCUCAAGAGCAACUUUUACUUCAGUUACUCAUAUGACAUGUCACACACUUUUCAAAGUAAUAUGGCACCACCGAUGAAUAUUAAGUCUGACAUUCCUACCAAUGUACCCACAAAAAUGGGAUCUGACGAAGCAGACGAUUCGGAGGAGUUUUUUAACAUGUGGGCAUUCAGGAAAGAUUGGCAAACUGAAUGUGAGAGCGAGAAAUAUAUGGAUUACGGUGUAAGGAGCAAUCCAAAUCGUCGCUUCGUGUGGAAUUCCUAUCUCCUGAAGCCUGUGGAAAAAGAUCUACACCCUGACUGGAUAUUGUACAUAAUACAUGGUUUUAUUGGUCAAUCAAACGUGAGCAUUUUUGGCAGAAGUAUGUACGUUACCAUUAUUGCCAGAAGAAGUAACAAGUAUGCGGGCACUCGUUUUCUGAAACGUGGUGCAAAUUUUGAUGGAGAUGUCGCGAAUGAAGUAGAAACGGAGCAAAUAGUUCAUGACUCUGGCGUGAGCUCUUUAAGCAGAGGACGUUUCAGCUCAUUCGUACAAAUGCGUGGGUCAGUACCUGCUCAUUGGAGUCAGGAUGUUAGUAAAAUGGUUCCUAAACCGACUAUAACUUGUGACUUGGCUGAUCCUUACGUACAAACAGCAGGAGCACAUUUUAAUCAACUUUUAAAAAGGUACGGAUCGCCGAUAAUAAUAUUAAACUUAGUAAAGAAACGAGAAAAAAAGAAACACGAAAGUACAUUAAGUGAAGAAUUGAGCAUGGCUGUGAAAUAUUUGAAUCAGUUUCUACCUCCAGAGCAUCAUAUCCAAUAUAUCAGUUUCGAUAUGGCACGUAUGAGUAAGAGAAAAGAAGUGAAUGUUAUGAGACGCUUAGCAAAUAUCGCUUACAACGCUGUAUUGAAGACUGGUAUUUAUCAGUCACAAAAUCCUUAUUAUAGUCAGAGAUAUCUGUUUUUGCCACAGAACAGUAACACCAAAAAGCUUCACAAAACGAAUUCGAGUUCCACUUUAUCAAAUUUAAACGAUAUCAGAAACUCUGUUAAUCCAAGUGUAGAUGUCGAUAGGACAAAUGAUAUAAGUCAAAUCGAAGAAAAAGUGAGAGAAUGUUUCGCAAGAAGAGGAACUGUGCAAACUGGAAUUAUCAGAACGAACUGUGUUGAUUGUUUAGAUCGAACGAACACGGCUCAAUUUGCAAUAGGAAAAUGUGCCUUAGGAUUUCAAUUGUGUGCUUUAGGUGUAUUGGAAUUUUCUAAACUCGAAUUUGAUUCCGAUUGCGUGCGAAUGUUGGAGGAAUUGUACGAGGAUCACGGGGAUACUCUAGCCUUGCAAUAUGGCGGUUCGCAACUAGUGCACAGAAUCAAAACUUACAGGAAAACUGCCCCGUGGACAAGUCAGGGUAACGACAUUAUGCAAACUUUAAGCAGAUAUUACAGCAAUACAUUUAGUGAUCAAGAAAAACAGCACACGAUUAAUUUGUUUCUGGGAUUGUUUGUACCUGAGGAAGGAAAGCCUCCAAUAUGGGAACUUGUAACGGAUUAUUAUCUGCAUCACGCACCGGCUUGUCUCUACACAAGGAAAACAAAACCUUUGACACAGUGGUGGGAUACAAAUGUGACAAAGUGUCUUCCUUACGCGUUGAAUGAAGUGACUAAAUCCUGUUCAGAAAUGAUACAAAUGCAAAAUUCAACAGAAGAAAUGAUCGAUGUCUAUUACGACUAUCACAGACCAUAUGAACAGUCUUUGCUGUCCGAGGUAUACGCGUAUAAAAUAAGCCAUUCCGUCAGAGAUUUUAUGCCGCACUUCACCACCUGCUACAGUCCGUUUGCUGUUCGCGUGCGACCAGGUAGACGAAGAGAAGAGGCAGGUACUAAAAGUUUGAAUAUGAAAAAUCCAUCUAUGACCGGUCAGAGCAGUACGAGCAGCACAACGUCAAGUGCAAGUUCAAGCGAGGAUUCGAGUUCGGAUGAAGACGAAAGUCAUCAACAAAUGGACGAUUCCCAAUUAAUUACUUCUAAGGAUAGUUCAGAACUGAUGCCAUUUGAGUCAUUGUUUCCAUCUAUGAAAGAAGUAUAUGGCACACAACCGGAAUAUCCAAAACGAAACGAUAUUAUUUUGUAUAAAAGAUACGUUCUAAUAGGACGUAACGCGACAUAUCCCACUGAUCACACUAAGUUGCGUUCAAAAUUAAUGCAGCAAGCAUCGUUUCCCGAAACUACAACUGCUUUUAUUACACUACCUUCUGUUAAAAAUGAAAGCAUAAGCAUAUAUGAACAAUAUGUUAAAAGAGCCACGGUAUGUAAACCAUAUGUUUUAAGUAUAACAAGAAAAUGUACGUACAAUUUUAUAAACAUAUACAUAUCUUUACAGACAGGAGGUUCAGCACCAAAUGAUAUGGAUAUAUAUAAAACUUAUGCCAAUCAGUAUAAAGCGUUAAUGGGAAAAAUAUGUUCUGCAUAAAAGUAUCUCAUGUACCAUAUUGCACAUAUAUACUAGAUAUAUAAAUUUUUGUACACAUAUAUGUAUCAUAUCAUAAUAAAUUAUAAGCUCAGCUGUGGCUUGAUGUUAAAUUUUA